AUGAGCGAUGAGGAUGAUUGCCCGCCGUUGUGUGACUUGGAAGCUAUGGUAGACUCCAACGGAGAGGACGAAGAGUGGGAAGUGGCUGAGGAGCAAAAUGAUCCUGUUCAUUGUUUGUUCUGUGAACUUAUCUCACCCACUAUGACCGUAGCUAUAAGGCACGCGAAGCAACAACAUGAUUUCGAUCUUGCCGGCGUAAGACGGAACUUCCAUUUGGAUGAAUACUCAUAUAUAAAAAUGAUCAAUUACAUCCGACGAGAAAAACCCAAACCGGAACUAUUUAAAAAUAUAAAGGGCAGCAGUUUACCGUGGGCUGACGAUCGGUAUCUGCAGCCUGUAGCCAAUGAAACAUGGCUAAUGUUCGAUCUAGAUGAGUUAGAUGAAAUUAUGCUCAACAACGGUGGUGGCAGUGGAAACGGUGGUAUGCUAACAGAAAAAGAAAACGGUAACAGCAUAGGAGAAACUAUGACUCUUACGACGGACCAGUACCGUAAACUACAGGGAAUCAUUAACGAUCUGACUGCGCAACUUCGAGAGAAAGAAAAUCUACUUCAACAUGCCUCUAGCAGCAUCGAAAAAAUGAAGGAAAGCUUUCGUAAUGUGCUAGCAGAACAACAACAGCCAAGUGUGGACGAGGAUGCGAAUGUCAACGAAGAAAAUAAAGGAGGUGAUAAAAAACUUGAACAGAUUAAGCGCAAACUACAACAUUGUGUCAGCAGCGUGUCCGUGGACGACGAUCAGAGUUACUUUAAUACCUACUCCCAUUUCGGGAUACAUCAUGAUAUGUUGAGUGACGAAGUACGUACGUCGAGCUAUCGGGAUGCGAUUCUGCGAAAUACGGAUAUUGUGAAAGAUAAAACGGUGUUGGAUUUAGGAUGUGGAACAGCCAUAUUAUCGAUGUUCGCAUCAAAAGCGGGAGCAAAGGAAGUGAUAUCGGUGGAUCAAUCGGACAUUAUCUACCAGGCGAUGGAUAUAGUUCGCAAAAAUAACAUAGAAAAUAUUCGCUUCGUCAAAGGGCGGCUAGAAGACACCGAAUUGCCAGUAGAAAAGGUUGAUAUAAUCGUGUCCGAGUGGAUGGGUUAUUUUCUGUUGUUCGAGGGCAUGAUGGAUAGCGUAAUUUAUGCGCGUAAAAAGUAUCUAAGAGAAGGUGGAUUAAUAUUGCCAAAUCGCUGCAACAUUAGUAUCGCCGGAUACGGAGAUCUCGAGCGGCACAACGAAUUUAUCGGGUUCUGGCAAGAUGUGUAUGGGUUCGAUAUGUCAUGUAUGAAGAAAGAGGUACUUCGCGAAGCUACGGUAGAAGUUUGUAAGCCAGAGCACAUCAUAACCAACGCAAAUAUUAUUGCCAAUUUUGAUCUAAUGGAGGUGGACGUAGAUUGCCCCAAUUUUAGCUAUGAUUUUGCGUUAACGGUGAAAAGAAAUACACACCUAACAGCGCUAGUUGGGUAUUUCGAUACUUUCUUUGAGCUUCCAGAACACAUCGAAUUUUCUACUUCUCCGUACUCGAGACCGACACACUGGAAACAAACCAUUUUCUAUCUUGAAGAACCGGUACCGGUAAAAGAAGGACAAUCAAUCACCGGCAAAUUUGUUUGUCGCCGAGACCCGAAAGAUGUGCGCUCAUUGUUUAUAAAUAUUGAAAUUUUAAACAUGGUCCUAAAGUAUACACUUAACUAGCAGGUAGGAAUACUGAUACUAAUCAGUUAAAAAAGCAAACAAGCUA